ACGUAACAUGUGUUGUAAUUUUAUCCAGGGUAUAAGUAUCAUUAAGAGAUCCCAACUGGCGGAUUUUUGUGUUUGUGGUACCGUGCUUUAUGGAUAACAAUGUGCAUAAAAUUUCAACGUGAUUUGGACAUGACCCCUCAAGUCACGUGCCAAGCGAUUUAACGUCACAGAAAUGGUCUUCGGCUGAAAUCGACUCUACGCAAACAGAAAGUUGUGAGGGGAAAUACACCAACGUUCUAGGCUAACACUAACGUGCGUUACUGUAAUGGGAGAAGGAUUCGAAAGAGAGCACGUGGCUUUACACAAUAGCAAAAAUUAUUAGACAGUUAAGAAAUGGAACCACAACAAGCAAAAAGAAGACUACUGCAGCUUGUGACUAUGGCGACCGUCCGGAAUUGUAGCACGAUGAGAGCAUCUGAGAGCACGUCGUUGCAUACUAAAAGAGUAAAGGAAAGGAAACAUUAUACAGAUGACUGCUUGCAAGAUGAAGAGAUUGAAGGAAGGCGUUUGUUUUCAGUGGAAGAAAAGUUGGCCAGCAAUCAUUUUGGGUCCUUUUUUGUGAAGGAAAUGAAAGGUGAAGAUUUUAGUUUGAAAUAUCUGCAGGAGCAUGGCCUGGACUUCCCAUUGGUAUUUAAGGAAAAGUCUGGAUUGGGAAUGCGCAUGCCUAGUGAUAACUUCACGGUUAAUGAUGUUCGCCAGUGUGUAGGAAGCAGAAGGAUGCUAGAUGUUAUGGAUGUCACCACACAGAAGGAUGUAGAAAUGUCUAUGAAAGAAUGGUGCAAAUACUUUGAAAACACAAACCGAGAUAAACUCUUAAAUGUCAUCAGCUUAGAGUUCAGCCAUACAAGAUUGGAACAUUAUGUGGAAUCACCUACUGUGGUUCGUCAGGUGGACUGGGUAGACUGGGUAUGGCCUCAGCAUCUCAAGGAAAGUCAGACAGAAGCAACUAAUGUCAUAGAAGAAAUGAAGUAUCCCAAAGUACAAAAGUAUUGUCUUAUGAGUGUCAAGGGGUGUUACACGGACUUUCACAUUGAUUUUGGUGGGACAUCAGUCUGGUAUCACAUCAUUAGGGGAAAGAAGGUGUUUUGGUUGAUUCCUCCUACUGAACGAAACCUUACCCUUUAUGAACAGUGGGUUUUAUCUGGAAAGCAGGGGGAUGUGUUCUUUGGAGACACUGUUGAGAAAUGUGCAAGGAUUGAACUUAAAACUGGAUAUACUUUCUUUAUUCCAGCAGGCUGGAUACAUGCUGUUUAUACUCCAGAAGAUACAUUAGUAUUUGGGGGUAAUUUUUUGCAUAACUUUGCCAUUGAAAGACAGUUACGAAUUGCAGAAAUAGAAGAUGCAACCCAUGUACCUAUGAAAUUUCGAUAUCCAUUCUAUACGGAGAUGCUGUGGUAUGUACUCCAACGGUAUGCUCAUUCUGUGAUGGGUAAAAACCAUUUAUUGUGUGACGUGGAUGGUGAACCAAUCAAUCCCAAUGAAUCUCCACCAAAAAAAAAUGAAAAAAACACAGUGAAAUUGGAACCUACAUGUAAUCCUCAUGCAGUGUCUAGUGAUACAAGAGAAAUUACUGAUACUAAGCAGUUGAACCCAUAUGUCAAGUUAUCUCAUCCCCAUGCACCUCGAGUAACUAGCUCUAAAAUGGAUGGUGAAAAUUCUCCGAGUGUGAAUGGUAAAAAAUUAAAUGAAAUAUCUAAUGAUUCUAAGCCUAUCGUUACACAAAAACAUUUACUGACUUCUUCAUAUCGUAGAAAGCCUCCAACUGAGAUAGCUAAUGGAGAAUUAUGUGAGGAAUCUGAAGAAAAAAUUGUUCACUUGACCCAGUUUGAGCUGUCUGGAAUAAAGGCUGUCGUUAAUUGGCUACAGAGGCUUCCAGCUAAUAAAAAAUGUGUUCCAGACUUAAUUGCCAAUCCUGAAGCUCUCCUACUGGAUGUUAAGAUGUUACUCCAAGAACACAAGAAUGAUAAUCCUCAGCUAGCUUGUACUGGUAAAUUUGUUCUGUGGUGGCCAGAAUCGAAGAAACCAAAAACUAAACCAAGAACAAGCAUCCCAUCAGGUACAAAAGGAAAGUCAGGAGGGAAGAACAACAGUAACAACAAUGCUAAGCGGAGACGAACACGCUGCAAGAAGUGUGAACCAUGUUUAAGGUCAGAUUGUGGUGACUGUCAUUUCUGCAAGGACAUGAAAAAGUUUGGUGGGGCAGGCAGAAUGAAGCAGUCAUGCAUCAGUCGGCAGUGCGUGGCCCCUGUACUACCUCAUACAGCAUGCUGUAUAAUUUGUGGCAAAGAUGGUUUGGAAAAGGUGAAUAAUUCACAAGAUACAGAUUCAGCAAGUCUCAUGGAAUGCUCACAGUGUUGGGAAGUAGUACAUCCAACCUGUCUGUAUGAACGGUAUCCAGAACUACCUCAAGAAGGAUCAUUCAACGAUGAUCUUCCUAACAGUUGGGAAUGUCCAAAGUGUUGUAGAGAUGGGAAACCUGAACAAGUGAAGCCAAGACACAUGAAAAGUGGUCGUCAGAAACCUCCAGAUACUCCAAGACCUGCCAAAAUUGCAUCUCCAGGAGAAGUGUUCAAUAAUCAUACAGACUGUGGAAACCUAGAGACAAACAGUAGCACUUUCCAAAGUAUAGGUAACACCGUGAAACAUGCUUCAGGAUCUACGGAUGUAAAUCCUGCAAAAAAAAAGGCAAAGCUAGAAUGUACAAAUAACCAGGAUAAAGAAGAAGGAGACAGUUCUUCCAUUCAAAAAGUAAAUAUUGUAAAGAAACCAGAAGUAAUACCUUCCAAAAAAUCCUUGUUCAUUUCCACAGAUAAAGAUGGGGAAGAAAUUAUUCAUCCUUCACCUCCCAAGCGUAAGAGCAUGUUUUCAGAGCAGUACAAACACAGAUGUGAAGAACUGAAGAAGCAAGCCACACAAGCCCAUGUCAGAUCCUGUACUAAAUAUACUCUUAACAUUAAGAGCAGCCACAAGUCAGCUGGUAGUAAAUCUGCUAUGAAAACUUCUUUUCAGUCCUCUAAACAACCCACCACAGAGUUCUGUCCUCAAUCACUUUACUCUGCGUCAGGAGCUAGAAAGCAUGGUGAAACAGCUAGAGAGCGUCUAGUGAGGAGUCUGAAAGGGCUGAAGAAAAAUUCUGAGAUGAGACGGCAUACAGUUAUGAAGUUGAAACCUCGUCCCUCAGAUAAUAUCAAUGUCAGUGGUAGUAAACAAGAUUCAACAUGGAACCCAAGGGAAUUCACUAAGUGUGAAGUGAAGGUUGAAAAAGUAGACAGUAAUUUUGCUCCUAAGAGGCUUAAAGCUACAUCUGGUCUCCACAAUAAUGAUGAAGCAGAAAAAAACAUACCACGUCAUGCACCACGAAUUACCAUGACUUUAAGAGACAAGCCCAACCUCUCAAAAUCUAAAUAUGUAGUGAGGCCAGGACCAUUUGUAGAGAAUCUUAUUGAAAUCAAAAAGACAUUAAAGGUUGGUUUCAACAGCUUAGCACUAAAAAAAGAUGUGAUGCUGCCAGUGUUUCACUACUUGUCUGCAAGUGAUUUGUUUACUUGUCAGCUAGUUUGUAAAACUUGGAACCGUUGGACUGUGGAUCCUAGGCUUUGGACAUACAUGGACUUUAGCCGCAAGAAAAUAACCGCCACUAUUUUGAUGGGUAUUGUUCGAAGACAACCCAUCUCUCUUAACCUGAGCUGGACCAACAUAUCUCAACGCCAGCUCUCCUGGCUGAUAGCAAGGUUACCACAACUAAAAGCUUUAGUUCUGAAUGGUUGCUCUACAGCAGCUGUGUCAUCUUUGUGUACUUGUUAUUGCCCUUUAUUGUCUUCCUUGGACAUCAGUUGGGUUGAAGGACUAACUGAUACCUUCAUUCGGGAGUUACUUUCCAAUCCUCCCGAUUCCCGCCCAGGCUGUGUUGAAUCAAAAACCCGUCUUCACAAGUUGCAGGAAGUACGAUUAGCUGGAGCAGAUAUAUCUGAUGUAUCGGUAAGGCUUUUGGCACAUCAUCUUUCUCUGCUGUCCUGUCUUGAUAUGAGCAACUGCCAUAAAGUGACAGACAUGGGAAUAGCUGUCCUUGGUGCAGCCAAGUCAAACCGAUUAACAGUUCUUGAUGUCUCCUCUUGUGCAAACAUUUCCAACACUAGUUUAGAGGCUCUUAGACAAUGUUCUAGUCUUUCUUAUCUGGAUAUGAGAGAGUGUCCUCAAGUAACUGAGGAUGCUUGCCAAAAAUUUGUUAACCAGAGUCAACAGAAGCUCAUAACAAGAGAAGAAAAGUUGAUAGAAAAAUACUGGUGACUUUCUACCAUCACUUUUUUAUUAUAAUUAGUUUCAGAUACUUCCCUACCAUCAUGUUAUUUUAUGCUGUUAUGCAUGUACAUCUUAUUUGGUCCCUUAAAUUCUUCAGUGUUUCAAGUGGAAAAAAGCUUCUGUACAUAUGGUCUGUUUUCAGUUAUAUCAUAUUUUUAAUUCACCAAUGGGAUAUUAAAAUUCUUUAAAGUAUACAAAAUAUUUUUGAAAAUUUUCACUGGCUUUUUAAGGAAAUUAUUCUGAGCAAAUAUAUAUCCAAAUUUUUGUACAAUAAUACUAUUUUUAGAUAACCUCAAUGAUAAUUAAAAUUUCCUCUGCAAAGCAAAUGUUGUUAAGAAAUAUGUUACAAAAAUUUAUCUCUUGGGUUUUUCCAGAAAGUGGUAUGGUUGUAUUUUGUGUUUGGAAUUAUCUUAUGUUUCAAGUAAACAGAAAUGUAUGAUUUACUACGAACAAUGCAAAGAAAAAUACUUAUAUUGACUGUUGUGUUUUAAGGUAAAACUAAAUUGUUCCAGUGUUAGAUGUUAAUAUUUUAGGUCAUUUUUGAUUAAUGUCAAAACAUAAAGCAUACUUUAGAGUUAAAUAUUAGUUUGUUAGAAGAAAAAUGUGAAUUCAUAAUCAUACGUUUGUAAGAAUAUGUAUAUUCUCAUGUGACUAUUAUUUCUGACACCCAGUUUACAAUAUUGCAUUCAUUGUGUACAGUUCAAAGCCAUAGUUUUCAAUUUAAUAAAUAAAUCCCAUCAUCUGACAGAUGUUUAAUUAAUAAUUUGAUUUUGAUUAUUAUCAAUAAUUAAGAAAUUUCUUCUUGUAUGAAAGGCUUAAAAUUUACUACAAUCGCGGGAGUUGCAACAAGAAGCACUGUCUAUAAACAAAAUCACUAAUCAGUUGGAAAGAUCCGCAGCCAGUCUCGCUAACUCUUGUGAUAUCACGAAAGUAUAUUUAUAGCCCAGUAAUAUGCAUCAUGCAAAAAAUAACCAUUACAUAAAAUUAUUAUUCACCUAUGAUCAGGCAUUCAUAAAUAACAAUAGUAAUAGCCAAAUAUUUUUGUAAAAUUACAGUUGUGUAGUGUGCUAAUUUUAGAUAAUCCAUUAUAUUUAUAAUCAAAAGGUGUCUAGGUAAUUAUGCAAUACUUGUCUGUCAACAUGAAGUCAUUUUGUAAGUCGUAACCUCUCAACAAGCUGGUACAUUGAUUGAAUCAGUCAGUCUGUGUUCCAGCUUAGUGAUCUCUAUAGCUGCAAAUUUGUUUUAGAAAUAAAAGUGUAUGAACCCUGCA